CCCGUACUAAUAUAGCUAAUUUUCAACAGCCUCGUCCUCAGCCUUACAGACCUCGUCGUCGUCUUGUGAAAGCCUCAUUACAGUUAAUAUGCCACUUGCGCCGUAGGACUGGCCUCUACACGCUCAUUGCCAGCCAUCAUGGCCUUCUCUUCCCUUCUUCGAAGCGCGUCCCAGCACAGACUCUGCCAAUGCGGCAGGACGGCUGCUCGGUCGACGAGACCGCACGGCGCGACGGGUCGGCGAUAUAUUGGCAUGAAGUACCUUGCGAAGGUUGCCGAUGCGGAAAAGGCCUGGGCGGAAAAGGCAAAGGAGAUUCGAGCGGGGAAUCAAAAGUCUAUGCUGAGCAUAUUAGAAGAGCGAGGGCUGGUCCAUCAAACCACGGGUAACCGGGACACCAUCGACAACCUGAUGAUAGAUAAACGCGUUGGAGCAUACGUAGGAAUUGACCCGACUGCAUCCUCCCUCCAUGUUGGCCACCUCCUCCCGCUCAUGUCCCUCUUCUGGAUGUACCUCCACGGAUACCACAGCGUGUCCCUCCUCGGCGGCGCCACGGCGAAGAUUGGCGACCCGACAGGCCGCCUCACAACUCGCACGAAAGAGCACAGCGCCGUCCGCACGGCAAACAUGGUCAAUAUGCACUACCAGCUGAAGAAGUUAUGGCUCAACGUGGAGGAGUACGGCCGCAAGUUCGGUUACAACUGGGAGUGGGCAUGGCAUCGGGAACUGGUCAACAACAACACCUGGACAAAUAAACUCACAGUCAUAGAGCUUCUACAGAUUCUUGGCCCUGGCAUGCGGUUAGGCACCAUGCUUGCGAGGGACACCGUUAAGAACAAGCUCAGCAAGGGUGACGGCAUGUCCUAUGCCGAGUUCUCCUAUCCAGUGCUUCAGGCCUGGGACUGGUGGCACAUGUACAACACCAAAGACAUCCAAAUGCAAAUCGGUGGUGCGGAUCAGUACGGCAACAUCGUUGCGGGCCUCAACGCCGUAAAGUACAUCUCGUCAAACCACCCCGACCCCGAUGUGCGCCAAGGCAAAGAUGCCGACAUCGCUCAACCAUUUGGCUUCACUGUCCCCCUCCUAACCACAGCCGCCGGCGAUAAAUUCGGCAAGUCAGCCGGAAACGCCGUCUGGCUCGACAAGGAGCUCACCAGCACCUUCGAGCUGUAUGGCUUCUGGAUGCGCCAGUCCGACGCCGACAUGCCACGCUACCUUCGCUACUUCACCUUCCUUCCCUCACCCGAGAUCGACGCACUGGUCGAGGAGCACAACCAGGCGCGGCAUGAGCGCAAGGCGCAGCACGUUCUCGCGCGAAACUUUGUCGAGCUCAUCCACGGGCCCGCAGAGGCCAAGGCUGCGGAGGCGAAUCACCGCCUGCUAUUCGGGAAGCCCUUGUUGUCAAGUCUGAUGGAGACACCCAAGGAUAACGCCGCAGCGGAAUCCGAGAAGAAGGGUCCCACGCCCGUAACCCUUAACAAUGCGCCCAGCAUCAACAUCACGCUCCCGCGCUCCGUGCUUACCAAGUCAAUUGGCAAGAUCGUGUACGCGGCCGGGUUGGCGGAGUCGGCGUCUGAGGGGCACAGACUUGUUUCCAAUGGGAGCUUGUAUAUCAGCGGCCCGUCGAGUCAGAAGAAGCAGGCGAUGGAUGAGGCAGAGCUGAAGUUCACGCAGAUCAAGAACUGGCUCAUUGCUGAUACGAAGAAGUUCCUUGUUGGCGACAAGAUGCUCGUGUUGAGGAGGGGGAAGCAUAAUAUUCGCAUUGUUAAGAUUGUGGAGGAUAAGGAGUGGGCGGAGGGUGGGAAGAAGUACCCUGGGGAGGGGGGCCAGGAUGUACAGAAGGGGGAGGCUGGGGAGGAGGCCGGAGAGCUAUGUGCGAAGGACGCUGGGAAGGAGCGCAAGAAAAAGAGCUUCUGGAGCGAGUUUGCCCCGGAGGUGGAUCCGAACGAGAGGAAGAGCGUUCUGUACAAGCCUGCCCCUUCAGGGCAGAAGAAGACUAUAAUCCGGAGGAGCCCCACUAAGCCAUAUGAUGAGAAGGAGGAGGGGAGCAGUUUAGUGCGCAGGAAGGAAAGUUGAAGAGGGAGAGAUAAAUAUGUGUACGAAUUACGUGUAGGAAUUUUGUAGGAUAGAUUUAGAUGUACAGAGUAUAUCCCCUCA